AUGUUGUCCAUUCGGUUUGCCAAGCUCGCGGCGCUCUUCGCUGCUGUUUCUACUGUUGUGGCAGCACCAGCCCAAAAGAGACAGGAUAGCUGUGCGGACGUACACAUCUUCCUAGCAAAAGGCUGGAAUGAGCCAUAUCCAGGGCGACAAGGAAAACUUGCCGGCUCAAUAUGCUGGAGCCUUGACAGCUGCGACUAUGAGGACAUCUGGUUCUCAAAUACGCCAGAGGACAACUACUGCGACUCGGUCACGCAGGGAGCGGCAAGCGGCGUUGCUCAGAUGACUGCAUAUGCUCAGAGAUGCCCCGACUCGAAACUCGUGCUGUCAGGGUACUCGCAAGGCGCGAACGUUGCCGGCGACAUCAUCGGUGGCGGUGGUGGACCAUUCGGCACUCCUAGCUGCGAGAUUGGAUGGAGCGCUGGUCUUAGCCGCAACUCAAGCCCAGGCAACAAGAUUGCUGCAGUCCUCCUUUUCGGUGAUACCCGUCAUGUUGGCGGCAAACCUUACAACCACCUGAACGGGGCUUCCAUCUCAUCCUGGAACCCUCGCACGCCGGAGGCUCUCGUACAGUUCGAUACGUACGCAGAUCGUAUUCGAUCAUUCUGCGUUCAGUCGGAUGCUGUAUGUGCCGCGUCUGGGCCAGGUCCGUUUGUCGACGACGAUCAUCUCAACUACUUCGAUCGAUAUACCGACGAGGCUGCUGGUUGGGUCCGGUGGCGUUUGACGCAGCAAUGA